AUGUGGAUACUUCUUUUCACUGCUGCUACCAUAAUAACUUGGAGAGUGUUCCACAGAAGCCAUUUUAGCCAUCUUUAUAAAGCUUUAACGAAACCAACUUGCGACUUGAAUUUCACUCCAACGAAACUAUCCGGUACAGAUGUGGUCACUAUAUUCAUGGCUAUAAUCAUUAAGUCAAUUAUGUCUGUUUCAUUCUGGAGAACGAAGCUAGAGAGGAAUGGAGAUGAUUUUAAGCUUCCCAGAAUAACGAUAACGGCACCCCUCGAACUAUCAUCAGAAGAUGCUCGCCAGUAUGAGCAAGCAGUUGCAACCAUUUGUUCUCAAAAAGAUGUUUCAAGUACAAAAUUAGUACCUUCACUCAUUCUAGCGGCAGCUACAACGCCUCUCAUGAUUCUUACCUUGGCUCACUUCUCCUCUCCGAUACUACCUUUGGGCUCUGUGAAUACCAGAAACAGAUUUGAUUUCAUUGGCCCAGUAAAGAACAAUCUCUCCAAGACAAGAGCAAUUGCAACGUUUGGUGGACCCAACCAAAAGGGUCGUAGAACGAAAAGAGGAAUAGAAUUUGAUAUAAUUGUUGAAGUGUAUGAUACCACUUCUGAGAAGAUGAUUUUCAGACAGAUUAUCACCGUGAUGCAGACCCUAUCCAAGUCACCACCACCACUAUCUGAACAACCCACACUGACUGAUAAAAAUGAAUCAACAAAGUUUUCACUGUUGGGAAUUCUUGAAGUCCCUUUCAGUGCACCAUCCUCAUGGUGGCCCCUCUGCAAAGAUUACAAUCCUAUUCAUAUAUCUGCAUUCUCAGCAAGAUUGUUUGGUUUUCCUGGAAGAAUUGCCCACGGAAACCAUGUGGCGGCAGCUAUACUUUACGAGCUCCUAGAUGACAACGUAGCAUACAGUUCGUGCUUGGAAGUUUCAUUUCGACGUCCAAUGGUGCUUCCUAUUCGACUAGAAUUGAGGUGUAUGAAAGAGGCUGGUACCGUGAAAUUUGCAGCCAUACAGAAAGAAAAGGUGUAUGUGGAGGGUUCAUUCAAAUGA